UAACAACCCAUCAGCCUGCGCCAUUUAGAGUUUCAUGACUAAACUAUAUAUUUAUUCUUGUUUUUCACAGGCAUGAUUGUUGCCGAGGCCUUCAACAGACAGAAAUGGAUCUACAGUGCCAGUCUAAAGAAUUACUUCAACAUCACGCUGCUCCUGCUUUCUUUUGCGGUGGGCUUGUACCUGCUCCUCAAAGCUCUGGGUGUGGAUCUGCUGUGGACGCUUGAGAAAGCCCAGCGGUGGUGUGUCAAUCCAGCCUGGGUCCACUUGGACACCACGCCAUUCGCCAGCCUGUUGAGGAACAUGGGCACCCUGUUUGGUAUGGGACUCGGUCUUCACUCCCCGCUGUACACUGAAAGCAAGAAGAGCAGCAGCGCUCGAGUCAGGAUGGCCUGUAUUGUCGCCUCUCUGUCUCUGCUGCAUCUCUUCGAUUCCAUCAAGCCUCCCACACACAUGGCUGCCCUCUUCUACCUGCUGUCUUUCUGCAAGAGCGCCACCGUUCCC